AUGCGAGGCGUUGUGCUGCAGAUGACCCUUUGCCUGGUGCUGCUCGAAAUGCCCAACGUUUGGGGCAAGCUGGCGAGCUAUAAAGGCAUUGUGCCGCCGGUCAAACUGAGCCGGUCGGAUGAGAUGGCAAAGUACGCGGUGGUCAACUAUGACGACUAUCCGAUGGUCGUGCCGAAGCGGGCGGCGAUGCUGCUGGACCGGCUGAUGGUGGCGUUGCACCACGCGCUGGAGAAGGGCGACGGUGACGACGGAGGCAGCCGGCCAAUCAACAAGGUGUACCGGGACGGGCGCUACAGCGGCAAGCCGACGGUGGCCAAAAGCCUGCCACCGCCCCCACCACCUCCGCCGAGCAAAACGGAGCAACUGAUGAAAACCUAUUACGCGGAGGCGGAUGCGGACGCGGAUGCGGAAGACCGCGUGACCAACUCCAUACCGGACGAGAUCGACGACAUCGAGGCCCGGAAGGAGCUGCUAGAUGAAAUGAUGGACAUUCAGACGAGGGGCACCGAGGACAAGACGAAGAAGGGCCGGUACUGGAAGUGCUAUUUCAAUGCGGUCAGCUGUUUCUAG